AUGACAUCACGGGAAAUCAGUGAUUUUCGGGAUCAGACUCUGGAUGAUCUCAAAGAGUGGAAGGUAAUGAUAAAAUCGACCUCUCGGUGUUUUCCAUUUUACUUUUUUUUUAACCGAAAAUAGCUUUACAGUACUUCUCCGACGCUGCUUGGAAAGAGAUGGCAAGUGUAACCAUACGAAAACCUCGUAACUCUGGAAAUGCGGGAAAUCGGUUCUGGAACAAAAGAUCCUACGAUUCUUAUAACCAGCCUCAGAUACAAAGUUCGUACGCUAGGGUUAAUAGCUACGCGACAGCUCCAGUUCUGCAAUACCAACAGCAGAGCGAUCAAUGCAGUGAGUUGAUUACGAAUUCUCAUUGCUUAAUAUAUAACGUUUCUCUUAAGAUUGCGCACAGCGUGCGAAUAACUGUCCCGCUGGGCCUCCGGGGCCUCCCGGAAUGGUUGGGUUCAAUGGAGAGCCUGGAAUGCGAGGUUUAGACGGGAGACCUGGAGCAAACGGGAUUGCACUGUCCGCUUAUGAUCAAGAAAUUCCUGGUUGCAUCGUUUGCCCACAAGGCCCACCCGGCUCUCCAGGCAACCCAGGACAAGCUGGCUCUCAAGGAAUUCCCGGUUUGCCUGGUAACCCAGGAUAUUCUCCGCAGCCAGGUCUUCCGGGACCACCAGGACUAUGUGGAGAUAAAGGAGCACCUGGAGGAGCUGGAACCCCGGGAAUUAAAGGAGAGCCCGGUCAGAAUGUGGUCAGACAGAUCUGUCUGCCAGGAAGAAAAGGUCCACCAGGUCCGCCUGGAGCAUGUGGACCACCGGGACCUCCUGGAUACACCCCACCACCCGGACCACCAGGACCACCAGGAGCCCAGGGAAUAAGUGGAGAAGACGGCGAGCAUGGAUCACCGGGAUUGCCAGGGUAUCCAGGAGCACGUGGACCGCCAGGACAAGAUGCUGAAUACUGUCCUUGUCCGCCGAAAAACGCUGGAGUCAACCGAAACAAUGCCGGAUACGGAGAAGCUUGUAUGUAUCUUAUGUCACGUCAAUGUAUUUUUGCCUUGUCCUUUCUUAUAUAUAGCUGGAACACAACCUAUAUUUUUCCAGAUGCAAGAAAAAAUUAUAACGUGGCGCCGCCAGCUCUGCAAAACCAGUACGUCACUGAGUACAACAAAGAAGACGAGUAUCGCAAGAGAGUGUUGGCCAGAGUACUCAAGAAGCAGCGGAGACUAUUACUGGCCACGCGCGCCAAAAACGUGCGCAGAAAACCCGUAAACAGAAGUACAAUUUCUAAUUCGACGACAAAUUCUGUAUAG